GGUCCUCCUCGCUUUUGGGGUGUCCCAUGCUUUCUUUGCCAGCCUAACCCUGGGCACCCUGGCUUCAGCACUCCAUCUCCAUCCCUAGCUCUGCCAUCGGUCAGUACCCACUUGGACUCAAAGUGUUAUCUAUAUAUCUUGCUGGGGAAGCUGAGUUUUAAUCUCCAUGAGGAGGAAGGAGGUUUUGGUCUGCCUCUCUCCCUGUUGGGCAUCAGACCCAACUUAGUGUGAAUAUGUAGAUCCACAUGGACAUAGCCAUGCCAUCUCCCAUGUGUGCUCCCAGUGUGUUUCAUCCCAAGGAAUGAUCACAGGCUGGUAUUGCUCAUUAUAGUGUGCCUUACUGGUACACAGGCCUGCUUCUCACUGGUUGCCCAUCUUCCCAGUCCUUCCUGGCACAGCAGAGCCCUUGGGGAAGAUCAGGGAUACUGACUUGCUGAAUGGCCUUGGCUAACCUUGGCCUCUAGAUGAGGCUUUGGGGGUUCCAAAGCUGUCCCUGCCAGGCCUCCAUGUCAUAGGGCAUUGCCAUCUGAACAAAUGUCUGCCAUCUCCACCUUUAGGCCGUGUUGUCAACAUCAGCAGCAUGCUGGGCCGCAUGGCCAACCCCGCUCGCUCCCCAUACUGUAUCACCAAGUUCGGGGUGGAGGCUUUCUCUGACUGCCUGCGCUAUGAGAUGUACCCGCUGGGCGUGAAGGUCAGUGUGGUGGAGCCUGGCAAUUUCAUUGCUGCCACCAGCCUCUACAGCCCUGAGCGCAUCCAGGCCAUCGCCAAGAAGAUGUGGGAUGAACUGCCUGAGGUGGUGCGCAAGGAUUAUGGCAAGAAGUAUUUCGAUGAGAAGAUUGCCAAGAUGGCGACCUAUUGUAACAGUGGCUCCACGGACACAUCCUCCGUCAUCGAUGCUGUCACACAUGCCCUGACUGCCGCCACCCCCUACACCCGAUACCACCCCAUGGACUACUACUGGUGGCUGCGAAUGCAGGUCAUGACCCACUUGCCAGGAGCAGUCUCUGACAUGAUCUACAUUCACUGAAGAGUUUGCCCUGGCCUCUGCCAGAGAACCUGAUGGGAGGGAGGAGGAUGGGGGCGGGGUGUCAUACUUACCUUUGAUUAAUUACUGCAGAUUAUCCACUGUCCUAGGAAGACCCAUUUUAGCAUUAACCAAAGGGAAUAACCCAGCCUGACUUGUUCAAAUGGUGAAUGGCUUGGGCUUUCACAAAUGGAGUUUAGG